UCUUCUUUAAAUCUCACGGUUGAGCGGAGUGCAUUCGAGCCGUUUCCAUCUUUUUCGGUUUUGAUGCAGCAUGUGGUGUAAGUGCAUAAUAUUAGUAUUACUUGUUUGUAUAAUGUCGCCGCUUUGUCUUCCUUCUCGUUUUACUUUCAUCCUUUCGUUUGUCCCUCGUUUUUCGCAUGUUUCUGGACAUGCAUUGAGUUGUUUGUUUUGGGUUUCAGUCGAAGAUCUCUCAUGCCAUAAAUGUAUGUGUUUAUACGUCUUGUUUACUGCUACUUUGGAUUUUAUUUAUAUUUUACUUUGCGGUACGGGAAGAAGCGGGAAGAAAGAUUGCGGUUUUUCUUUUUUUGGUGAGAAAUUAGUCGAUACUUGCGUAUUUGGUUGGUUAGAGACGCUGGAUUGUUGUGAAGUUUUUAUUAGUCCUUGUUUUGUUUUAUUGUGCUACCGAUGAUAAUGUCUUCUGAUUUUGUUGCAGAGUGGGAAAAUCUUGAAGGGUGAUUUGAUUAUUCAUUAAUUAGUAAGGUCUUUGUUCGUAGAAGGCUAAGAUGAGAGACACUGGCAAAGUUCUACGGAGUCAAAAGGUACAGGAGGGUUUGCAAUUUAGUGGAUUGAACAAACCUGAUGCUUACCAUGAGGUCUUGCAGAGUAGAGAAACCCGUAGUCAAAUAUCUGAAUUCAGGAGACAGUUAGAGAUGGAGCAAGUUGUGGCUUGUGAUGCAGACUUCAAGGAGUUUCUGUUAGGUAUCUUAAACUGCUAUGAAAGGGUUGCCCCUGAUAAAAAACGGAAAGAAAAUGGCAGUGCCGACGAGCACAAUGCAGAUUGUGAUGGUGAAGAGAAGAAUGAUCCUCAAUAUGAGCGUUUCCUGGAAAACUUGACUGAGCAUGGAAAGUCUUACGCCCUUAAAUAUGAAAACAAUGGUUCACUGGUUUUCAUCAAAUAUGAAGAAAGGGAUUCAUUUGAAGAGUGUGAUUCUGAACCUCGAAGGAAACUAAGGAGUGCAAUGAAACAGGGAGUUGAAUGCAGCCAGAUGUCUUGUGGAGAGAAUCAGAGAAAGCGUGAUCAUCUACCAUUGGAGACCAACAAAUUGACUGGGAGAAUAUCAAGGGACAGUGUUACGAUUAUUGAUGUAGAUGAUGACGAAAGUACUGGUUCUGACUAUCGAUCUUCUCACCAAACUGCUAAAGCUGUGGACAAAGGAAAUGCAGGUUUAUAUAAAAGCUACAAUCUACCACUGAGGGCUAGAUUAAGGAGUUCCAUGAAGCAAAAGAUUGGAUCUUCCAAUGACGGGCCUGCUUCGGAGAAUCCACAACCAGCAAACAAGACUGAGAAGAGAGGAAGAAAAUUGAGAAGUGAGGUAAUGAGUGAGCAAUGCAACGAGAAAAAUAUAAAAUGUAUGACUAAAGAAUUGGUGCCUGUUUCCGACUAUCGAAGGACUAGAUUGAGAAGUGGCAUGAGGCAAAAGAUUGGAUCUUUUGAUGGCAAGGCUGAUUCAGAGAAUCGAUCCAAGGAUGAUUUCGAAACGAAAAACAAGACAGAGAACAUAACUGGAAGAACAUCAGGAAAAAAAGGGAUGAGUAGGCGAGUCCAAAACAAGUAUACAAGUAAAGAGAUGGUGCCAAAUCCUGAAGAUCAGAUGAGUAGAUUGAGAAGUGGCAUGAAGAAAAACGUUGAAUUUUCCAAUAGCAUGUCUAAUCCAGAGAAUGAUUGGAAACCUGAUUCGCAAUCUACAGAAAAGACAGAGAGCUUGGCUGGUGGAAGAAAAUCAAGAAAGAAGGCGAUGAGUGCGCGAGCGCAUAAUGUACAUCGUAUGGCUGAAGAAGUGGUACCAGAUCCUGAUUAUUUUGAUUUUCUUCAAAGUACUGAAGUUAUAAAUGAUAGUACGGAUGCGGGACGUACAGGAGAACAUGAGAAUAAUGAUGGAGUGCAGAAUCAGACGAAAGAGAAUUAUGACGAUGACUCCUCUGAUAUGGAAAUUAUAGAUAGUGCUUCAUUCCACAAUGCGCUGGAUAACAGCAUCAGGCAGGAGCUUAUGGAAGUUCUCAAUAGACCUUACAACACAGAGGAGCUUGAAAGUCUUUGGCAUAAUGUAAAACAACGUAAACCACUAGAGCGACAUCUAGAUCUGCGCAAUGGCAGGGAAAAAUCCUGUUCCAAGAGAAUAGAUGGGCGUUCCUAUCUCGAUCAGCAUCCUGAUGUGAAAAAAAAGCUAUCCCAAUGCGAAGAUGACAAGCCAGCAUGCCUGAACAUCCUACGAGGCUUUUUCUUUUGGCUUAAGAAUGCUCCGCACAAUCCUUCAUUCAAACCUUGGCUAGAUGCGGAAUGCCUUUCCAUAAAGCCGGAGUCUGCUUCCUUAACCCCACCAUUUAUGGAGCUCAUGAAACUUGAGUUGGUUGACAAGUUCUAAAAAAGGUUAAAUCCACCGUUUUUGCGGCAAAGUUUCGUUCAGGUGCUGGAAUAUACAUGCUUUUUUAUGAAAUAUAUUGUGGCAUUUAUUAACAACAGCGGAAGGUAAUGUUACUGAUGACUGCAUCUGGUUCAACAAUUUCUAGCCUUUUUUUUGUGAUAUGUAUUCACUUUCAUACCCUGAUGUCCAGCAACAGUAAGUAUUUCACAUAUGGUAGUAUUUGGUUCUAAAUGCGACUUGAUUCUGGCUAUUGUUUAUCCCAGCUUAAUAUUGCAUAUAAUAUGUGUUCAUCUUCUAUUAAUAGAGUUCCUGCGGCUGUUCAUUUUUUUCUACUUAAUAGACUAUUACAAGGGAAUGCGAUUAUGUCGAGG